GGCCGGCCACGCCCACCCGGCUCUGGGCCCACAGAGCUGCCGGCAGGGCUCGGCUUGGGUAGCACUGCCCGGGGUCGCCUCGUGGCUGCUGGGGCCCUUCAGGGCGGGGGCGUCUCUGCCUGGGACUCCAGGGCACCGCCUUCCUUCAGGAAGCCGGGGGCUAAGCCCCAGAGUCGCCCGGUCCCAUCCGGAAUCUCCCGGAGACGGUGGAAGGGCCGAAGUGGCGGGCGUCUCGGUGGUUCUAGGUGGACUUAGCCAGCGGAAAUGCAGCCUGAGAGUGAUUCCAUAUUCCAGACAGUCCAAAGAAUUCUGAACCAUAAGCUGAGCUUAGUUCCAGACCUGGAAUGGCCAAAUAUCUGGGUGAAGUUAAAAGUUUGAAACUGGAUGACGAUUCAUUCAUAGAAGGAGUAAGUGACCAAGUACUUGUGGCAGUCGUGGUCAGUUUCGCUUUGAUUGCGUCCCUGGUAUAUGCACUUUUCAGAAAUGCACAUCAAAACAUUCACCCAGAAAACCAAGAACUAGUAAGGGUGCUUCGGGAACAACUUCAAACAGAACAGGAUGCACCUGCGGCUGCUCGACAGCAGUUCUACACUGACAUGUACUGUCCGAUCUGUUUACAUCAGGCCUCCUUCCCCGUUGAAACAAACUGUGGUCAUCUCUUCUGUGGUACCUGCAUUAUUGCAUACUGGAGAUACGGUUCAUGGCUUGGGGCCAUCAGUUGUCCAAUCUGUAGACAAACGGUAACUUUACUGCUACCAGUAUUUGGUGAAAAUGACCAGUCUCAGGAUGUUGCACCAUUGCAUCAAGACAUUAAUGAUUAUAACCGGAGAUUCUCAGGGCAGCCCAGAUCUAUUAUGGAAAGAAUUAUGGAUCUACCCACUUUACUGAGACAUGCAUUCAGGGAAAUGUUUUCAGUCGGGGGCCUUUUCUGGAUGUUCCGUAUCAGGAUAAUACUUUGUUUAAUGGGAGCUUUUUUCUAUCUUAUAUCACCUCUAGAUUUUGUACCUGAAGCCUUGUUUGGAAUUCUAGGCUUUUUAGAUGAUUUCUUUGUCAUCUUUUUGUUGCUUAUCUACAUCUCUAUUAUGUAUCGAGAAGUGAUAACACAGAGACUAAACAGGUGAAAAAAAGUUUACUGAAGUAUUUGAGCUACUGUGUAAAUUCAAACAAAACGACCCAUGGCAGUAUAAAGCAUUUGAAUCUUAUCUUACAAACUUAAAACUACUGUACGACAAACAUUUGAUUAGCGUUUGGCAAAUACCUAGCAAUACAUGACUGGAAUUUUUACAUGUUUCAGGUUCUAUAUAUUAAAGUUAGAAUUAUAAUAAUUUACAACUGCAUCUUGAUUAUGUUGUCUAUAAAGUCUCUGGAAAAAAUACGGAAUUAUAUAAAAAGGGACUUAUAUUUUUCUUUUCCUCCAAAUUACUCAGAUUAAUUGGAUGUAUGGUAAAAUAUUGUUAAAUGUACAUGUUAUCAAAUUUAUCCUUCUCAGUUAGUACCUAUAUAUUGCUGAGACUCAUCUAAAUAUUUUUGUUACAAUAAAAUAUUGUACAAUAUUGGGAAAAAAUGUUUUAGUACUAGCUAGCUUUUGUGCAUUUGGAGCAGUUCUGCUUUUCCAUUCUGGUAUGAUUCUUUAUCAGCUUAAAGUUAAAGAAACUUGAACUUUAUAAUUUGAUUUUACAUUCUGGUUUUCAGAACACUUCUUAAUAGAAGAAUUAACAAAAUGUAAGACAUUUAUCUCCAGCCAGCAUACUUAUGUUCUUAGUUAUGAUAUUUAAACAAGAGUUUGGUCCUUUUAUAGGAAUAGUAUAUCAAAGUAACUUAUAAAGGGAAUUUGCUUUUCAGGAACCUGAGUAAUAUUGCAAACCUAGUAGCUUGAUGCAUUUCUGAGGAAAGGGGUUCUUCAUGGCUUGAGUAUCAAAGGCCUUAGGGAGGAAACUAGGAACACUUUAAAUUUGACAAGAGAAAUUACUGCUGGGCUAGAGAAACAGAAAGAACAAAUUUGGUUAAUCAGAAAACUUUUGUAAUACUAUUCUUAGGUGACAGCAUAUAGCCCAGGUUCAUCAGGUCUUAUGCAGAAUGAGCAAAUGUUGUCUGAGGUGAUUUAACAGGAAAGUUAUCUUGCUUUUUUAAUGACUACAGCGUAAGUGUCUUGCGCUCUUCUGCAGUUUUCUGUUUGAGAAGAAUCAAAACCACAAGUAUUAUGAAUCCUAACUCUCUCAGGGGGCACUGCUAAUUAGCAAACUGGACAGCAGGGUUGUCGUUGAUGCCCAGGGGUGUUAGCUCUGUCACCUGCAAUCACUGAUAAUCAUACUGUCCAUUCAUGUAUUAAUGAGCCUCACUAUAUAUAGAUAGGGAGAAAAAGAACAUCUGUCACAGUCUCAAAUUAAUCAGUUUAGCCAUCAACUAAUGAGUUGCUGAAUAAAAUAUCAAUAGUGU